AUGGACCACUGCACUCAACUAGACUCUACUAAUGCCAUCGAGGUUUUCAGUGUAUUGUUCGAAAGAUCAUUUGAUGAAGGUACGGAAGAGUACCAUUUCUGCUUGAAUGAUGUUGUAGAAUCCAAUGAGAGUUAUUGCGAACAAGGGGUUUGUGUGCCUGGCUGGCAGGGAACAUUCUGCGAUAUUAGAGAUUGCAAAAUAAAGAAUGGUGGCUGUGGUCGUAACUUCAAAUGCUUCCAAAUAAUCGUCAACAACUCCCCAUUCAUGAAUUGUGCAUGUGAACGUGGUUACUCAUCAGCGGAUAACGAGGAAUGCAUUAGUACGUUCAGCUGA